AUGCGAACAUGCGCUGCCGACAAAGCCAUCAGCGAGACCGCAGAGCUGAUGGCAGAUGAGCAGGUAGACAGCAGACCAGCAGCGCAUCGACUGCCGCCGGAGCUGAUCGCAGAAAUUCUCAACUACACUGAGGAUUGGGAACUCGCUCAGACGCUCAACUCUGCGCACUCGCUGCCGACUUCGACACCAUGGCUCGAGCAAGCAACGCCUCUCGACUGGGCUAUCCUGAGCGGCCAAGUCAAGCACAUCCAGGCCUGUCUUGACAAGGGACAAAAUGAGUUCACCGACUGGGGAACACGCGUCAUGAUCCGGUUUGGCUACAUCCACCUGCUCGAGGCAUUGCGGACCGCUCAGCCUGACCGACUGCGCGCGAGAUGCCAUGUGCUCUUGCCCGAGCUAGCCUCGGCUUGGGGCAGGACGAUCGUCUUGGAAUGGGCAAAGGAGCACCAAGUGGGCAUGCAGGAUAUCACGCCUGGCACGAUGGAUGAAGCCAGUCGACACGGCCACGUGGAGACACUCAAGUGGUGGAAAGAUUCUACGCUCCCCGUGCGCUAUUCUGAGCAUGCGCUCCUGUCGGCGACGAUAAAGCGCCAGAUUGCAGUGCUCGAAUGGUGGCGCCGUUCAGAUCUGCCGCUCCUGAUUGGCAACGUACUUGACCUUGCCUCGAUGGAAGGCUCCACCGUCGUGCUGGACUGGUGGGCAAAGUCUGGACUGGAAUGCAAGUACAGCAAGUCUGCGCUGUACCAUCUGUCUUGUCGGGGCAACAUCGACUUGCUCAACUGGUGGAGAAGCAGUCGGUUCAGACUCAUCUACGACAAGGAUGUCCUCGUCGGCGCCACCAAGCAUGGUCAGACGGAUGCGCUCCAAUGGUGGCACGAGUCAGGUCUGCCGAUUCAGUUUCGAUUCUUCGACAUUGAGGAAGCGCUAGAAGAUGCAGUGGCCGGCCCAGAGGGUCGGGCUGCCUCACUGGCUUGGUGGACUCGGAGAGGCUUCGAUAGUGCAUCGUCGGAUCCUCGUGCGUGGAUGUCGACACGCUUGCUCUCAUCUUGCACAUGA